UGUGCCCUUGUUCUCUACUCUCAUCUCUUGUUCCUCUUACGUCGUUUCCCUCCUCAUCUCAUCUCAGCCCUUAUUAUUUACGUCCGAGCUUUUUUCCAUACCAAAGGCCUGCGCAACUAUCCGCAAUCGCCGCUCAUCAGCCAAUUUCACCAAUGACAGCCGAAUACUGUACAUGUGUGGGACUGCUCAUCCCAUCUAUCAUUCUGGAUUAUCAUCCGGAUUCUAAAUGCGAUCGCUACCUGGAGCAAACACGACCUGAUAUCCUCUGCCAUGAGGCCACCUUCUUUGGUCUGUUGAUUGAAUAAUGACCUCUGUGUCGCAGCGGCUCCUUAGCAUCAUCUCCCGCAACUCCACCACGUUGGUGCCUAUGCCAUCUGUUCUCUUACUUCAGUGCCCCAAUCUUUCUUUUCUGCUGCCUGCUUUUUUCGACGCACUCACUUACAUUACCGUUCUCUUCUCCUCGUGUUUUGCACUCCGCCUAACUCAAUUCUUAAUUUCAAGUCGGG